UUUUAUGUAGAAGAUGAUGAAAUGAACUCCUAGUCAAAUCAAAGCAGUGUGACAACCUGACCAGGUGGGAUUAGUUGUAAUUACAAAAAUCACCCAGCAGCACGAGCAACUCGCACUUAAGAGACAACAGGGCGAAGAGGACAGUCUGUGAGCCUGUAAGAGCUUGUCAAAAUGAGCAAACACAACUGUUUUACGUUAAACCAGGUGUUUUUCGUCGCUUGUUUCGCUUUCGGGGCGAAUGUUUGUUUGGGAUAUGUUUACAAUCGCCACAGGAGAUCCGAAGACUGGGAUGAAGCCCCUCCAGACCCCGGAUAUCAUAUCCUUUCAGAUUCCCCCUGGAUUAGCACUUCAGGAUCUUGCAAAGGCAGAUGCUUUGAACUACAUGAAGCUGAACCGCCUGGCUGCCGCUGCGACAACUUAUGCAAAACCUACAACAGCUGUUGCUCAGAUUUUGAUGAGCAUUGUUUGAGAACAGCUAAAGGCUUUGAAUGCACUAAGGAUCGUUGCGGAGAGUCUCGGAAUGAAGAAAACGCAUGCCAUUGCUCUGAAGACUGCAUGGGCAAAGGAGACUGCUGUACCAAUUAUCACGUAGUGUGCAAAGGGGACACUCAUUGGGUGGAAGACGAAUGUGAAGAGAUAAAAUCUCCAGAGUGUCCAUCUGGUUUUGUUCGCCCUCCUCUGGUGUUUAUCUCUGUUGAUGGGUUCCGUGCCUCCUACACAAUGAAAGGAAGCAAUGUCAUCCCUAACAUUGACAAACUACGAUCCUGCGGCACUCACGCACCAUACAUGAGGCCAGUAUACCCCACAAAAACGUUCCCCAACUUGUAUACCCUUGCAACUGGACUUUAUCCUGAAUCGCAUGGAAUUGUUGGCAACUCUAUGCACGACCCUGUGUUUGAUGCCAACUUUAACCUUCGAGGUCGAGAGAAAUUGAAUCAUCGCUGGUGGGGAGGUCAACCAAUCUGGAUAACUGCCGAAAAGCAAGGGGUGAAGGCUGGGACUUUGUUCUGGCCAUUUGUCAUUCCACUUGAGCGUAGAGUCUUGACUAUGCUGCAGUGGUUUCAUCUUCCUGACAGUGAAAGGCCCUACGUUUAUGCUUUCCACUCAGAGCAGCCAGAUUCUGUAGGACACAAAUAUGGACCUUUGAGCAAUGAGUUAAAUGGUCCUCUAAAAGAUAUCGACCGAAUCAUUGGCCAGUUCAUGGAUGGCCUGAAACAGAUGAAGCUCCAUCGCUGUGUUAAUUUAAUGAUUGUAGGAGACCACGGAAUGGAGGAGGCAAAUUGUGACAAAACUGAAUUCUUAAGUUCUUACCUGUCUAAUGUCGAUGAUAUUAUUUUGGUACCUGGAUCUCUUGGAAGAAUUCGUUCAAGAUCUCCCAACAAUUCCAAAUAUGAUCCUAAAGCAGUGGUUUCAGAUCUUACAUGUAAAAAGUCGGAUCAGCACUUUAAGCCUUACAUGAAGCAGCACCUCCCUAAGCGCCUGCACUAUGCAAACAACCGGAGAAUUGAAGACAUCCAUUUGCUUGUGGAGAGGAAGUGGCAUGUUGCGAGAAAGAUGUUGGAGAAUCACGAGGAGCUAUGCAGCCAUUUGGAAUUUCCUGGAAGAAAAAAUAUCAUGACGGCUCAACAUAAAACACCUAAACGGAAAUCUGGAGAGGGAAGGAAACAUCCUGGAAAAUGUACUUUCUUUGGAGAUCAUGGUUAUGACAACAAAAUCAAUAGUAUGCAGACCAUCUUUCUAGGAUAUGGACCAACCUUUAAAUACAAGACAAAAGUUCCAGCAUUUGAAAACAUUGAACUCUACAAUGUCAUGUGUGACCUUUUGGGACUGAAACCUGCUCCUAACAAUGGGACCCAUGGGAGUCUGAAUCACCUCUUGAAAAACCCCCCGUUUAAACCAAGCAUGCCAGAUGAAGUAGCCAAACCAUUGCAUCCUGUACCUGCUUCUGCUAUCGUCGAUGAAUUGGGCUGUACUUGCGAUGAGAAGAAUAAAGGAGAUGAACUGAACCAGCGCCUGGCCAACAAGGGAACGGAUGAUAGCAAACAUCUGCUCUAUGGUAGGCCUGCAGUACUUUUCCGCACAAAAUACAGCAUUCUGCAUCAUAGCGACUUUAUAAGUGGUUACAGUGAUGCCUUAUCAAUGCCUCUUUGGACAUCAUACACAGUUACUAAACAGGCUGAUGUUUCCCAUAUUCCCGACUCGCUGAGCAGCUGCGUGAGGCCUGACAUUCGUGUGCCUCCUGCCAACAGUCAAACCUGCUCUGCCUACAAAGCAGACAAGCAGAUGUCCUAUGGGUAUCUGUACCCUCCACAACUGGCCUCUUCCUCUGAAGCUAGAUAUGAUGCUUUCCUCAUAACAAAUGCUGUUCCAAUGUAUCCUGCCUUUAAGAAAGUGUGGAACUACUUCCAGAGGGUUCUUGUGAAGAGAUAUGCAACAGAACGCAAUGGGGUCAAUGUUAUAAGUGGUCCAAUCUUUGAUUAUGACUAUGAUAGUCUUUAUGAUACGGCUGACAAAAUUAAACAGUAUGUUGGUGGAUCCGUUCCAGUGCCAACACACUACUACAGUAUUAUAACCAGCUGUCUGGACUAUACUCAGGCAACAGAUAAAUGUGACGGUCCCCUGAGCGUGUUCUCUUUCAUUCUUCCUCACAGAGCUGAUAACGAUGAAAGCUGUAAUAGUUCAGAGGAAGAAUCAAAGUGGGUUGAAGACCUCAUCAAGAUGCAUACAGCACGAGUGCGGGACAUUGAAAUUUUGACCGGGUUGGAUUUCUACCGCAGGACCAGCAGAAGUUACAUAGAGAUUCUUUCUUUAAAGACUUACUUGCAUACCUACGAGAGUGAGAUAUAGCCUGCUAACUGUAAUCGGUACAUCUUUGACGCACAGGUGUAUAUUUUCAUACUGUUUUGUAUUUAUUAUUUCUAAAUCCUGAACUAUUUUUAAAGGCUGUUUUUAAGUAUUCUAAUCCUUUGUAACAAAUCCACUUUUUUCAGCAAACAAGCAUGUGUCCUUUUUUUUUAGAUUUAUUUUUAUUUGUUAUUAGUGUCUAACUUUUAAUUAGAUUUAUUUAGUGUCUUUGUUAAAAAUGUCUAUAAUACUGUGGCCUUUUAAGCCCAAAUUUGAGUGGUGCUGCAAGAUUGGGACUUUGUAAUCUAAAUCUUGUUCUGUAUACAACAAUGAAUUUAAUUGUAAUAUUUCAUUUAUACUUGUAUUAUUAACUGUGUGAUUUGACUUAUUUAUGCCUUAUAGACCAAUUCAAUCUCAAAUAUAAUAAACAAUGUUUUAUGCGUUUACUAUCA